GCAGCCGGCGGGCUGGGGUGGUGGUGGGCCUGGGACAGGGAAAUGGCGGUCUGUCCUUGGGGUAGGAGUUAGGAACGCGGUCAGGUCGCUUCCUGUGGUUUUAGGGUCUUUCAGAGGCGUUUGAAAAGCGGGAGGUGUGUUGUCGGGCGUCAGGGCCUCUGAUGGCUGUUCACAGGUGGGUUACCUCCACCCCGUAGGUUUUCAGUCUGUUGAGAAGAGGUGCGGAGGUGAGGUUGGCAGAAGAAGAUGGAAAUGUCAGAAGAUGAUAUUAACAUGGAAGAAUACCCCACUGAAAUUCAUGAUUAUCUUGCAGCAUUUGAAAAAUCUCUUGGUUCUGUAGAUGAGAUGCUGAAGACAAUGAUGUCAGUUUCCAGGAGCGAGCUUCUCCAAAAGUUAGAGCCUCUUGAGCAAGCAAAGCUGGAUUUGGUUUCGGUGUACACGUUAAAUUCAAUGUUCUGGGUAUACUUGGCUACUCAGGGAAUCAAUCCAAAGGAACAUCCAGUGAAACAAGAACUGGAGAGAAUAAGAACAUACAUGAACAAGGUCAAAGAAAUAGCAGACAAGAAAAAGGCAUCCAAACUCGAUAAAGGAGCUGCUUCUAGAUUUGUAAGAAAUGCACUCUGGGAACCAAAUGCUGAAAAUGAACAUACUUCCAAAACUCCGGCUAAAGGAAAAAAGAGAAAGAUGGACUAAAUGUUUGUUUCCCAUUAUAUAAAUUGGAGAUAUCUAGGACUUAUUUUGAAAUGUGUUUUGCAUACUGCAUGCAUCUUGCAGAGGUGCUGUAUAGCAACAUCUUGAUUAAGUUAUACUUAAGAAUUUUACAGGAUUGUAUUUUGUCCAGAACACUUGUCACUGAGGUGAUCGCAUUGUAUGUGUAUCUGAAAGUGCCAUUUGAUGUGAGAGAAGUAACGUUUCAUUAUUCAAAUGAUAAUGACCUGACCUACACUUGCUGGUAAUAGGUACUAGUCAUGUUUUGCUCAUAAUGCCUAAGUUUCAUUUUUUUUUACUGCUGAAUGAUUGACACUUUUUUAUAUGUCCUUAAUCUCCUGAAUAUUAAAAAGUCUCAAACAAUGCUA